AUUGCCCCCCAUCUCCAGCCCCACAGCCCGGCGGCCGCUGCCCCAUGGCCGCCCCCCUGGAGGAGCCCGAGGAGCCGGAGCUGCUGCUGCUGCGGGAGGAGAACCAAGCCCUGAAGAUCCAGCUGGAAGCCACCCGAGAAGCGGGUGUCCAAGCGCUCCGUUGGGCCUCCAAGCAGCUCCAAGAGGCCCAGGAGAAGCGGGCAGAAGAGCUCAAGAAGUUCCAUGAGCAGGAGAACCAGGACAUCCAGGUCCUCAAUGGGCGCCACGAAGAGGAGCUCCGAGGACGUCUACAGAGGAGCAAGGACCUUCUUGAGGAGCUCAGGACCAAAGGUGUCCUCUUGGUGGAGAUGAAGAUGCGCAUCAAGAGGAUGGAGGAGGAGAAGCAGCAGCUGCUGGAGAAGAAGGUGAUGUUGGAGAAGAAGCUUCAGGAGGUGGUGGCCGGGCCUGAAGGUGACCAACGGUACCUUCAUGUCCAUGAGCAGAUCUCCACCUUGAAGGAGCAGAUCUGCCACCUCCACCGCCUCAUCCAAGGCCAGCACCGGCACCUGCACGACGUGAUCCAGGAGGCAGAAGAACUGAGGCACCAACUCCAGCAGCAAGAGGAGAAGAUCGAAGAGCUGGGCGAGAAGGUGGCCCUCUUGGAAGCCCAAAACCAAGAGCUCCGGGACAAGGUGAGGUUCUGGAGCCACCAACCCAAGAAGAAGGUUUCCACAGCGGUGGGGAUGGACCCCCCGAGAGACCUUGGAGUAUCUCCUUACUCGAUGCUCACCAAGCUCCGGAAGCAAAAGACCUAAUGGUUACCUCCAAGCUCUACGGGGUCUUCUCCGUGGUGUAACCUCCGUCUCCUCCAUAGUUACUCCCUGUAGCUGCAGAGCUCCACGGGGGAGAAGAAGCUUGAAGGCAACGGAGGUGGUGACCUCCUUGGUGGCCCCAUGGUCACCUUGGGGGGGGGGGGGUGGACAACGUGGUGGCCAUGACCUUUGGGGGGGGGCUUUUACUCCACGCUGGCCACAGCAUCUCCUAAGUGGAGCAGCACCACCACGUCCUGGUGGCUGGAGGAGGGAGCAGCACCCAAGUGGGUCCUCAAAGCUUCUACGUGCACCCUAUGGAGGCCACCUUGAGAAGCUCCGUGGCCUUGCUCUGUCUUCUCCUCCUUGAGCGUUUGGGGCUGAGAAACCCACGGUAAUAAAGGUAGUAAACCUUUA